AUGAAUGAGACUGGAGAUGUUGGUUCAUUAAUAAGAAGGGAUGCUGAUUCGACGGUAAGGUCUAGUUGUGAUCUGGUACUCAGAAGGGAUGUUGAUGUGGUGAUAAAAAGGGAUAAACCUGCGAUGAGAGGAGAAGAAUCAAUGGUAGGCAGUGGCGAGUCUUCGAUAAGAACUGGUGAAUUUUCAAUGAAAAAUGGUGAAUCCAAUGAUCGUCUGGUUGAUUAUUUUGUUAUUAUUGCAUACGAUCAAUCUCAAGCUCAUAUUGCUAUACUUUGUACCAUUACACAUGAUGAAAAUGUGCUGCAAGUUUUGUCGGCGAAAGAAUGCGACCGGUUUUUAAGAAAAGUAUUGUGUAAUAUUGAGCAAGAUUUGACGAGCUUUGAUAUUUUUCAUAAAGGUCAUGGUAAUAGCGUUGGAAGUAUACUUCAGAGAUUUCCUGUCGAAGAUUGGCCAAAUAUUUCUUUAUCAUCAAGUCUUGAAGUGUUUUCUCGACCUCAAGGUUGGUCUCUACAAUCCGAUGCUAAAUCGCCCAGUUUUUUUGUUAAUACUUUAACCGAUAUCCUCGGAUCACGUCAAUAUUCUUGUUGCCUUCAGGUUUAUGAACCAUAUGGAAAUGUGGAUGAUGAACUGGAUGAUAGUUCUUUUGGUACUUCAAAUUUAUUCGCUCCUAAAGUUAUUGUCAUUCUUUCACGUUUUCCGUUUUUCGAUCUAUUUCGGCAUUGCUUGAAUCAAAUUCAUGUCGCUUUGAUCGAUUCAAAAACUGAUGUGGAAUCUAUGAUUGCAACAUUACUCAGUUCCAUAAAUCUUGCCUAUGGAGCACCUGCUGUCUCUUUUUGUCUAAAUAAUGAGCGUUACUGUGUUCGUGCUCCUUUAUCACCAACAGUUCCUGUCUCUUCUGAUAAAGUCGUGUCAUUCAUUCGUCAUAUGGGCACAAUUCACAAUGUUAUAACUCUGUUGUGCGCUGUGAUGACUGAUCAUAAAAUUUUAUUUCGGUCGAGUUCUUUGUCAUUGUUAUCAGAUAGUUGUUUCGCUUUGCGGUCUCUUUUAUAUCCAUUUGAAUAUCCAUAUACUUAUGUUCCUAUUCUGCCAGAAUUAUUAAUAGAAUAUCUGGAAAGUCCAACACCAUAUAUAAUGGGAAUUUUGGAUAGUUUUCGAAUACGCUGUACCGAUUUAGAUGCAAUAGUUGUGGAUUUAGAUGUUGGAGCUGUUCAUGUUCCACCUUCAAUCGUAAUUCCAUGUUUACCUCAACCAUAUCAACAACGUCUUAUUCAUUCAUUACAGAUGGUUUUAUUCCCUACUUUAACAACUGCCGAUAAUUCAUGGAAAGUCGGGCAACCUCCAUUUCCCACAAAUGAAGUGCAGGAUAAGCGUAUUCGUGCAUGCUUUUUACGAUUUUUCGUUGAUAUAACUCGUGGUUACCGAUGUGCUCUGGAAGUUGUUCGACUUCAUUCAUCUCCACUUAUUGUCUUUCAUAAAUCAGCAUUUUUAGGCGCUCGAGAUUUUUCAUCAUCUUCUUUGAUUCGUACUUUUCUUGAUAGUCUUUUAUUCCAGUCAUUUAUUUCGGAACGUGGACUGCCUUUUAGAAUCUGCGAUCUGUUUGAUGAUGUUAAUCUGGUCAAUCACCUAUCGUUUUGUGAAAACCCGUCGAAAGUGGUGUUAAUGGAAAAUGUUUUAGAUAUUACCGAGAAAUUGUUGGAGAAUGUUGGUUUUUAUUUUAUUACAGAAUACCAGGAUUCGUCAUAUUCCGUUGGUUCAUUUUUGAAUAAUAGAUGUUUCUCUGUACCAACCGCAGUUACAAAAUUGAGAAAUAUUGCUGAAAAUAAGGUAACAUCAUUAAUCGAAGAAAAUCUUAAUAAAGCUCUUCCUUUAUGCGGUUCCUAUUCUCAUCCUCGGAAGGUCCCUAGCCCAAGAAUCUUUAAUGUAGAAUCGGAACGCCUUGGUGUGGUCUCAAGACGUUUGCAGGUUCUUAGUGGAUGUCUGCGCCAUAUAUUCGAUAUGAAACUAUCCGAUGCCAGAAAGAUGUUAUGUGCUGUUGAAUUAUCUAUGAGAAGUGUAAAUGCAAGAGUUGCACUUUGUCAGCUUUUAUGGGCAAAUAUCACUUCAGCUAAUCGUGCAGUUUUAAUGCCUCAACAGUUUGAAUUAGUUGUUCGUCUAAUCAAUUGCGCUUUAAGUCAAGAAUCGAAGGAAGAUGAACAUGGCAUAGCCUAUGCAAUGCUGUACUUGUCGAAUAUGUAUUGUCGACGACUGAGCGCUGGUGUUCAUCAAUUUGCAUAUACCUGCAUACAGGAUCAUUUUGUUUGGGAUAAUCAGCAAUUCUGGGAAGCAGCUUUUUUUCAUGAUGUGCAUAGACAAUUACGUCGACUUUAUUUGCCACGAAAAGAAGAUUGUGAUUGUCCUUUUCCCUUAAAAGAGCAUAUAACCGAUACCUGGAAUCUAAUGGAAAGGCCAUCAGGAUUAGAACUGGCUAGCGAAAUUUUGGCGAAUAUUACGCAUUUUAAUGAAAUGCAGUUGAAACAAAAGGCUAUUGAAGAAAAUUCUAUAGUUUAUGGACAAGCUAAGCAUUAUAUUAAUCUGAUGGUGUACAUGAGAACUCCACUGGAUGUUUCUAAACUAAGAAGUGUAAAUACACGAGAGUUAGAAAGACGAAGCAAUAGACAAAUAAGUAAAGUCGAUGAUGAUGAAGAAACCGAUUCUACGGAGAGUGCGAGUGAUGUUGAAAGUGGGUUUAUUGAAGCUGAUUCGAGUGAUCUCGGAAAUUCCACCGUUAGAUGGAUCAGUAGGUUGAUCGAUAGAAUUUGCUCUGCUGCUGGAUUGGAACUUCAGCAGAUAGAACGUCUUUGCCGUGAAAUACCUGGAUUUGUCGCUCUUCAUAUUGAUAAUCUUGAGCAAGUUUAUAUGGAAAGUAAAAGGCUUUCUCCUUUGCAGAAGAUAAAAUUAAUGCAACCAGCGCUACUGUUCCCGGCUGAACGAAUAGUAAUUAAUGGCUUACGCGUUUUUUUGUUGAAUGAUGGCAGAUCAGAAAACAUACAAGGAGAAUCAAUACAAAAUCUUUUGCCCGCAGAGGGGGCUAUUUUCUUAACAAAUUACCUAUCUGAACAAACUGUUAUUCGAACAAUGCCGAUAGCUUCCUUAGUUAAAGAAAAACAGAUUGGUGAACAAGCUAUUCAGAAUUCUUCGCAAUUGGAUGGUAUUCCUGUGCGAGUUGCACAUCAACUUCAUGAUGUUAUUCAGAUACGUAGCUCUACAUUUCAGCUGAUGAAAGUCGCAUUCGAUGAAGAAGUGUCCAGUCAAAAGGCAGAAGAGUUCACUGAAACCGUUCUUUCUCUUCGUUGGCCCGAAACACAUCCACACAUUCUUUUUGCUUUUUCAGCAUUUCUACCUACGGCAGUUAGUAACGUAUCUACAAAGCAUAAGUAUGGAACUAUGAGUGAACUUAAAAGGACAUUUUUACGAAAUCCACUUAAAGACAAAAAGCGUUUUCGAACCCCACGAAAGACUUUGCAAUUCAAAAAUAAUAUCGAAACUAUGCCAGCUUCUUGGAAUUCUUCUGUUUCUGAUUAUGGUAAAAGUUUGAUUGAUCCAUCGACUGCUAGUCUACAUCAUCAUUAUUUAAUUGAUUAUGAUCGCAUUGGGUUAAAUCAUGGUAUUUUUCGGCUGUCGCUUGCCAACAAGCGCUAUGACCUAUCAAAAGGAUAUCCUCAUAUCAUUGUGGUGCCAAAUAGUGUGAAUGAUGAAUAUUUUACGAAAAUAAGCAAAGGGUUUAAACACGGUCGUUUCCCAGUUAUAACUUGGAAGAGUGAAGUUGGUGCACUGUUAAUUCGUGGAGCAGGUCUAACGUCGCAAACCAUGGUAUCACGAUUCAAAAAGCAGGCCAAUUUACGUAACACCAUGGAUAGUCAUAUAUUGCCUUCUGCGGCUGAUGUAUUUGAUCCUUUAACCUCUCAUGAUUUUUCCUCUCCAAGUAAUAUCGAUCUACAGGAGCAAUAUAUGUCUAUAUUCGCUUUACUUUCGCCUUCUGAGAGAAAUCAAGAUGGUCGAUUACUACUUUCACAAUCGAUAGAAUCAUUGCUUUCUCUCGAUUCACUGAUGACUUGCGACAAUCGUUCAACAACAUCUAGUGGAGAUUUGAAUAAAAGAUAUCAGAAUGAUUUUACUCGUCAUGCAGUCAACUUCGUUCGUGGAACUAGUGGUAAAUCCACAAGCCAAGGAAGUCAAGCGAUGAGUGAUUAUUCUGGCAGCUUAUCUGGUGAACAAAUUCCACAUUAUGCAUUGCGUGCAGUAGCUAUCGCAAAGGCACGUGAACUGAAACAGUCGCUGAUAUUAACUCGAUGUCCUCUCUACAUUUUUGGUGAUUCUAAUCAAUCGAAAGUACUUAAACUUGACAAAAAUUGUGAAUUUAUUCCUGUUACAUUUCCAACUGCUCAUGAUAUCAAAAUCGCCUUCAAGAAAUUCUUAAGAGCUGUAUGUCCAAGUUGGCCAGCUGCUAGUGACCAGUUAUUGGAUGAUGCAAGUUGGUUACAAAUGGUUUCCUGUAUACUUACUUUAUCAAAUGCCAUUGCUGAAAUGAUAGACGUGCAACAUUCAUCCGUGGCCAUUUGCCUAGAAAACGGCUGGGAUGCGACUUGUCAGAUUAUCUCAUUAGCACAGUUAUUUUUGGAUCCAUAUUACAGGACCUUCGAUGGCUUUCGCGUUUUGAUAGAAAAGGAAUGGCUUGCUUUCGGGCAUCGCUUCUCAUAUCGUGCAAAUCAUUCCCAAACUUCUCAAGGCAGCGGUAUCGCUCCCGUUUUCCUAAUGUUUCUUGAUGCAGUCCACCAGGUUUUGGAGCAGUUUCCAACUGCAUUUGAAUUUAACGAUUUUUUUCUUCGUUUCAUCGCAUAUCAUUCAUGUUCGGCUCGUUUUCGGACGUUUUUAUUAGAUUCGGAAGUCGAAAGAAUCAAGUUCGAUUUAUUAUGUCUUUCGGCUGGCGAUCCUCGAUCAUCUUCCAUUUGGACGUGGAUCAAUGAGAAAAGAUCAUUGUCGCAAAUUUUUGAAAAUUUUGCUUAUUUACCGGAGCAAACUGGAAUCAUUCGACCGCAGAGCAGUAUCGCCAGUUUAGAUUUGUGGUCUUAUUAUAGUGAGGAUUAUCUCGCACAUGGUUCACCAUAUGAUAUAGAAGUUGCUGAAAUAGAACACCAGCAACGAGAAGAUGAGCGUUUUGAGACGCUGGCUGAAGCUAAUGCUUCAGGAACGGUGACAAGAAGGCGUACAUUAAAUUCAAAUUAUUCAUGCAUAAAUUUCAUUGCUUUGGACUCAUUUUCAUCAUAUCUUGAGGAUCAUUUACGUUUUCGAUCAUUAUACGAUGGUGAAAAUGUUGAACGAAGCGAGUCAUGGAAGAAGAUUUUCAAUGAGGCAGAUGUUCGUAUGAUGUCUAAGAAUUCUGUUCAAUGCUCGGAUGAAAAAGAAAAUUUAUUAGCCAUGAUGAAAUGGCGAUAUCACUUGAGACGAACUAUGCAAAAAAAGGAUACAAUUAAGUUGUUAUUGCGCGGUGUUGGUCAUCAGCAUCGUUUAUCUCGUUUUCGUGAAAACGAUUCCUGCUCUGGUCAUCAAUUUAUUGGUCAGCCGGUUACCCCAGGAGAUGUUUGUGCUGUUUGCCAUCAAAGUUAUCCUGGAACAACUGUAAAGAACAUACAUCGUUGUUCUGGAUGUGGGAUGACUUGUCAUGAAAAGUGUUCUCCAAUAGUUUCAUCUCCUUGCCCUGCCAUGAAAGUUGAAAUUAAGAACACUACCGUCUCUAAAAAUUCACCGCCACCAGCCGUUUCUCCAAUAUCUGAAGAUAAAACUUUAACUCCAAGUGGAACUCGUCCUCAUGCAUAUGCUACUCACGUUGGUUAUUUAAUGAAAAAAGGUGCGACAUUUAAAUUGUGGAAGCCACGAUGGUUUGUACUGGAUUGCAGUAAACAUCAGCUAAGAUAUUAUGAAAAUGAAAAUGAUUUAAAUUGUCGAGGCAUAAUCGAUUUGGCCGACAUUCGAUCAGUGGAUACGACUUUAAGCCAAACCCUUAAAAAGCCAUUACUUGAGAUUAAAACUACGAGGAGAUCAUAUUCACUAUUGGCUGAAUCAAGAAGCGAUGCUGAAACUUGGGUGGAAAAAAUUUUAAUUGCUAUACGUGAUUAA